AUGUAUGUGAAGCUGCAGACUCGUUGCAUUCCUUCUCUCUUUCUUCCCUGUCAUAUUAAUUUUGAUUGCGUCGUGUGCGGAGGCGAAGGAGAACAGGCACAAGGUAAAAAAGACACCGACGCGCAUAUUUUGGUUGUCUGUGUACUUCAACAAUAUAGCGUAGUGACUAACUCGAGACGAGGUAAUCGAUCUUCGUGCUCAAGGAUCAUGCUACGGUCCUUUAGAAGUAAUGCUUUUGGCCUAUUAAUACCCGGAGCUUGUACCAUUCGUGGUCGGCAUUUGCCUGUCUCUUCGUUGGAGGGCACUGUAGGUUUUACUCGUUUAACCUCCGCACGGGCUUUGUUUUCAGCCACACAUUUACUCUGGCGGAGGCAGCAUGGACCCACCAACGUCCUCUUCCAACUUGAUGCGCUGCCACCAAACUUGCAGCGGGAAUUUCACAAGGAUGAAAAUGCAGUGAACUUGACAUAUCUAGUCGACCUCCCUUCCUCCAAAAUAGCAUCGUCUCAUGAGGACAGUAGUGACGGCACUACUAAGAGUGAUACCAAGAGCCCGGUUAUUAAGGUGCUUCCCACAUGGGCCCACAUUGUAACAUGGUGUUGUGCCACUUGUGGAUGCCAGUGGUCGGCUCGUCCAGUGGACCGUACAGAUCCACAGGUGGCUGCAUUUUACAGUUGUCCGAGAUGCGCGGCCCGCACGGCGAAAAAACACUGUUCAGACACCCCGCUGGCGGUCUCGCCCAGUACUCCUUCGUUCCCUCCGGGGAGACGGUUUGCGGAGGCAUUUCCCCUGCUUGCAGCACAGUGGGAUGCAUGUCGUAACAGUGUAAUUCACAACAAGGUACUUUUUGAGUCCGUCGCCGAUGUGCCACUGCCUUGCGCCACCAUCGUGUGGUGGUCGUGUCCCCAUUGCGGGGAGCCGUGGAGGGAGUCAGUAAACUCGCGCGUUCAGCGGUUAGUGCAACAACAACAGAAACACUCGUCGAACGGGAAUGUGAAAAGCAAUAACACAUGUAUCCCGCUGUGCCCCUCAUGCGAAGACCGUGGUUUGUCACUAACAGUUCCCAAAGAUGGUAACGAGGGGUCAAAGGAGAAAUCAUCUAGUGAGCGGCGAAGCAAAAAGAAAGGUAACCAGAAUAGUGAAUUGAAACGCUUCUUGAAGGACAGUCCCCUGCUUCUCGCCGAGGCCCAGUUGCAACCACAUGAAGAUCCUGGAACCAUUGCACUGCGUAGCAACAAGUUGGUUUGCUGGAAGUGCCGCAGGUGCACCUAUGAAUUUGUUGCCUCAGUUGCCGACCGCUUCCUUCGUUACAAACGGUGUCCGCAGUGCACCGGGGAAAAACGCACACCACUUAACCUUCUUUCCAUCCAGCGUCCCGAUGUCCUUCGUGAGAUUGCACGAACAGUGGUCAGAGGAAAACUGUUGAAGAUGACCGUCCACGAUGACACAGUCGUCCCAUUCGUUUGUCGCAGCUGUUUGUCCAUCUACCGCAUGCCCAUUCGCCUCCGCUGCCUACUGCCUGAAGGGGCAACAGCUUGUUCAAAGUGUAUGUGGAGUCGAUCAAAGUUUACAAGAGAGGUCGUUUCCGUUGGUAAAGGACAAAAGGGUGCUCCCUUCCGUUCACCACCAAAGAAGAAAAGGGGGAGGGAUUCGUAUGCCGUAGUGGAUAAUGAGUUGCACUUACGCGAUACUGAUCUCAUGAAUUGA